AAAGUGUAAACUAGCUGAUGCGCAGGAAGUUCGCGCAAACAUCACCACGCAUUUAUUUUAAUGGCUCUAAUGCACUGAAUUUUGAAGUUUGUUUUCCAUAUUUAUUCGUUCCGCGUAGGAUAACCUGGAUAAGGAAGAAAAGGAAGUGCAAAAUAAAUGGAGAAAUCUAUAAGCAUUGUAUGUCCAAGAACGAAAAAAAGACACAACAUAUAUUCCGUCGGGUUCAGCCGCCACAAAAUUUGAAAGCAGUUGGGAAUACUACACUUCCAUGUUUCUUCAAAUAUACGUCGAUCAUAGAAAGACGCAAAGUAAUUUUAAAUUAUCACGCCCUAAUAAAGAAAUUGAUGACACUGAGUACAUCAGUAGCGAAGAUGAACAAUUUGAAGAAGAAGAUACCGACUUAGAACCCAAAAAUGUCGACAUUUUAGGAGGAGUUAGCAGCGAUUCAACAGUAGAUUAUUUAUUGAUAAUAAAAAAUGCUUGGGCCGGACUAAAACAAAAAAACAAGAGGCAAUGUUUUAAUGAAAUAGAAACUCUAAUAG